UCGCGUCAUGUGAUACCCAAGCGUCACCGAAGUCCUUUGUUGAUGGUGAUUCACAAAAUCUCACACAAGACAUUGUCUGGGUAAAUUGCUACAACAAAAUCAUUUCUUUUCGCCUUUGUGGGAUUGUGUUGUGGAAGGAUGCAGAGAUAUUCUCGGAGGGACAUUUUAAACCGGCUGUUUGCCGCUGAGAUAAAAUAGAGGCAGACGCGUCAAAGGUAAAUGCGACAGUCAAAACAGCUCUUUAUCGCACACCCUAUCCCAUACAACGGCCAGUCGAGUGAUCAAUAGAGUAAAGCCAACAUUUCGUUUGUGCAAUUUGUGAGCUAAAGUCCGAUAUAAUGCCGUUUUUUUAUAUGGCUAUGCUGGGAGAUAAUCCCCUUUCUGCAAAGGAGAUUAAACCUUUUUUUAGCCGUGGGUGAAACAGUUUGCCAACAACAACGCGUUUUGUUCUCCGUCUACCAAUUCACAUCUGGUGGAUACGUUGAUGUAUUUCUGCCAUUUGAAUGAAAAAAGGCAUAUGUGAUUUGGAGAAAAGACGGUGUCCACUCUACACAGCAUUGUAAGCAUCAUGUCCAUAGGAUAUCCCCUCUCAUCUCACGGACCCUCAGCAGGCCGUUUUUUCUCUCUCCUCUGCCUUUUGGCCGUCUCUACACUGCCUGGAGCACAAGCCUCUUACCCUGAGAGCAGCGAAUGUAUCUUAGGAAAAGGCAAGGACUGCUUGGAUUUGUCUGAGAAGAAAAGUGACCUGAGAGUGUGUGACACUGCAACUUGUCGUUACGGGGGGACAUGUCAAGAGAAUGGGGCUGACCUGAAAUGUGUCUGCCAGUUCCAUGUAAGUAACGCAGUGGAAUCUAACUUUUUUGAAAAUCUCUCCUUUUCUACAGAUGAUGAAGGAUCAGGCACAGGCAGAGGAAAAAAGCCCACAAAAUGCGUCAACUGCAAGUUUGGAGCAGAAUGCGAUGUGGACUCUGAGGAUAUAUUGUGUAUGUGCAACAUUGACUGCAGUGGCCAUAAUGACAACCCGGUGUGUGGAACAAACGGGAAAUCUUACAUUACCCCCUGUCACGUAAGAGAGGCUUCGUGCUUGAAGCAGGUGAAGAUUGACGUGAAGCAUCUCGGGAGUUGUCCAGAAAAAGGGAAGAAGAAAAAUGAAGACGAUGGUAGCAACAGCAAGACGGAUCUUUUUGACACGGCAGACAUAGGGGAGGACAGAGCUUAUGGAGGGAUCCCCACCCUCUGCACAAAGGACUACGCCAACUUCUGUGAACACGGCCAAUGUGAAAUUAAGUAUAGCAUCCCCACCUGCCGGUGUGACUCGGGCUACACUGGCCAGCAGUGUGAUGAAAUCCAAGACUUCAACAUCCUGUACGUGGUGCCCAGUGGACAGAAACUCCACUAUGUUCUCAUAGCAGCCGUCAUCGGAGCCGUACAGAUCGCCAUCAUUGUCGCUGUUGUCAUGUGUUUCACAAGGAGGUGUCCCAAAACCCAGAGGGGACGAAGACAACAGCAACACCUUGGACACUUUCCCUCUGGGACUUCAUCCAGGAUGAUGUAGCAGUUUUUUGUGUGCAUUUUUGCACCAUAUGGAUAACAUUUUUUGAUAUCUGUUGUUUUGUCUCCUUUAUUUUGAAUGGAUGUUGAUUUAUUUAUUUUCUCUAAUGGGGCCUUAGUUUUCUCUCCCUUCUGGACAUAUGCAGUUCUUGCUGCUUUUUUUCAGACUGCUGCAUUAUUUAUUUUUUCCUACGGGCAGAAAAUGGACAGCCAUUCUCCUCUGAUCGUCCAUUGUUUGCAAGGUGGUAUUGGUAUCUUUAGGCACACAAACCUUGGAUACCUAGGGUCUGGACUCAUGCUAUUUAUCAGCGUCUCUGACUUUCUCUCAGUACCUUUUUUUUAAAAUGAAAUACAACUAUAUACCAAAUGCAGUUUUCUAUAAAGGAGGUAAAAGCUGAUGUGUACAGUUUGUUUUGGUUACUUUUCAAAAUACCAUUCCGGGGAUGGAACAAUUUUUUUGACUAGGUACGAAUUUAAAUGUUUUUAUAUAUCAUUUUUAUUUAAUUUUUUAUGUUCUAAUGUUGUUUGUAUUAUUGCUAAUGAAAUAGUUGCAUAUAGCAUGAGCUGUGAAUGUGUUUAGUGAUGUAGUUUUAGUAAUAUUAAAUGAUCUGUGUUUCAAACACUCGUGUUGCCUUCAUAUUAUUAUGACUAGAUCAAUGACGGAGCCUAAAUCAUUUUCAGAAAAUAAUUUAUCACAAUGUUAAAAUUGUUAUGGAAGAGAAGGCGUAUUGUAAAAAUAAAUGCACUGAUUUUAAUGCAGUUCUUGAUUUACUUUGUUAAAUAAAAAAAUCUAUAACAUUUGGAAUGUGGAAAAAUCACAUGGUUGGGAAAGACUCUGAGCCCUAGUUAUAAAACUGCAUGUACAAUGUCUAUCAGAAAGUAUUCACAUCCCUUGACUUGUUGCACAUUUUGUUGUGUUACAUCCUGAAUUUAAAAUGGAUUCAAAUUGAGAUUAUUUGUCACGGGCCGACACACAAUAUCCCAGUAAUGUCAAAGUGGGAUUAUGUUUUUAGACAUUUUUAC